AAGCAGGGGAGUAUUACAGUAUACCUGGUAGACAAAUUUCACGUUCUGCCCAAUGACACUCCAAGCAUACAGUUGCGCUUUGGAGAACUGACUUAGUCUACAUUCUUAAAACAAACCCUGCUCAAUGUUCUCAAGUUACUCUGUACAACUCAUAUUUAUAUAAUGAAAUUCAGCAGAAGUUAUAUGAAAGGAAGGAGACACUUUGGAACGAGUCACCGGAAAAGAGCGGUGCCCACUAGCAGUUGCCAUUCCGCUGCCCGCGAUGUGGGGAGCAGAAGCGGUUCAGAAGCCAGUCAUCUUCGAGGGCACACUUGGAGUACAGCCAUACCUACGAAACCAUGCACAACCUCACCAAGUACAGUCUAGCCUCUGCAUGUAAACCACUUGACUACCUGCUGGAGAAAACCAUAAACGCCAGCAGCACUGAAAACUGCAAAAAAUGCUUUCCACUCCAGUUUCAAGACCUGACAGACAAAAAGUUCAAGGAUACAGAAAGGGACAAAACACAGACCCCCGCAUACAAGAGACCGCCGGAGCACCUCAAAACUGAAUCGUGCAGGCUGGUGCCUGCAGGCAGCCGAUCGGCUUUGACGAUCCAAAUCGAGAGCCAUGUGCGGGAAAGGCUUGAUGAGAUGAUGAAGGCGGCGGAGUGCACGAUAGAGAAGAGGCUGGAGAAGGUGGCCAGCGAGUUGGCACAGAAGAACACGGAGCUGGUGAAUACCUGGGCUGAGUUUGUGCACCUGUCUCAGGAGAAGAGGCAGGUCCUGGCACGAGAGAGGGCCCUGAGCAGACAGAUGGACACGGCCGUCCACCUGUCUGCUCAGGGCAGCAGCUUACCGAGUCUGAUUGAGAGGAAGGAACAGUGAGUGUCCAUUUUAAUAGGCAGUGGGAUCGAAAUACCUCCAUCUUUUAAAUCCUGUCUAACUUUGUGUGUCUCAUCAGUGUAUUUUCUUCUUCAAAAGUAAAUCAAUUUAUUUUUGUAUUUAAACAGUGACAAUAUUUAGAACUGUCACCAUCUAGAUCAAUUGAACAGACUGCAGUUUCUGGACCAUGUCUUUCAAACCAUGACAUAGCUGUGCCAGGUUAAAGAUUAUGCUCAUCUUUGGAUGUGAAGCUGUUGAGAGAUUUUCCUAUUUCCUACAUUGCUUUUGCAAUGUCACCAUCUGCCAACCAAAUGAAAUGUUGCCUCAACCUGCAACAAUCACUGCCACAGAGAGGAGUGCAGGACUCCACAGUAAGUAGAGCUGUUUACGGUUUGUGAGAAGUGGUCUGGAAACUGCCUAAUAGUGACCACUUUCUGCAAACCGACUCAUAACUAUGUCAGCUUAACAUUACACUGACUUGGUUUUCUAGCUUCUGCAUUGCCCCAGCACAAUAAUGCAUUGCCCAUGCAUUGUGGAAAGUUGCCCAAAAUACCAGUGCCCAAAAUACCGUAAAAUACACUUUCUAUAUGAGCUAUUUGGUUUUAGAGCACUUGGGUUCUUCAUGAAACAACAGGUAUGGAUUUACUCCAAGCCAAGCGACUUCAUGCCAGCCCUGUAAAUCCCCUUCAGGCCAUGGUGUGGGAAGAUACUUACUGUAUUAUGUGUUGAUAUUUCCUAGAAUGACCCACAUAGCUACUGUAUAGUGUUACAGCGCUGUCUGAACCAUAAGUGCUGCCUUUUAUGAAAGGUCACUUGCAUAUUAAGAGUGAAUUGGAAACUGUGUGAAAGCCAGGGACAGUGUUGUGCACGUCCA